CAGUGGAAGUCUAGCAAAGAAUUGCCUUUCAAUGAUGUCAAAGCUCUCCAUGUUCAGAGCAAGAAAGGGAAAUGUAUGCUUGCAUGUAGACGAUUUUAAGAAAACUCAGAAUUGAGAACAUGUCUAGUAGUUGUUUUCGCAUCUCCGUCGGACUAAUCAUGUUCAUCAACCGACUUUCCUAAUUCAUUCUCACUCUUUAGUGUACCUUUUAGUCAUAAUUAAAAUUUCGGGGCUCAUUUGGUAUUCUAACAAAAGUAUGUGGAUGUAAAUCGAAAUUAAUUUGAGGUAGAAAACAAGAGGGAAAUUAAUAAAAGCGGAAACCUCUCUAAACCCCUACAUCCAACGGUCAGUAUUCCCUCUCCGCCAACCCGCGAUCUAAUCAUAGCCGUCAGAUACCUCCUUAAUAAAACCUCCCUCACUAGUCUUCUCUUUCUCUCCUUUUUCCCUCUUUUCCUGCUCCUCCCUACACUCAGUUCCGCCGCCACUCGACUUCCUUCUCGUCCUCCGGGGAGCCGCUUCUUGAGCCGGCCGCCGGUCGUUUCCUACCUCUGUUGUAGAAGCGGUCUUCCGCGGCUAUCAGAUCGGCAUCUCGUCGUUUCGUGCCCAAUCUCGAUCUGUCUCGGAAAUCCUCUUGCCAGGUUCAGUUCAACUUCAAUCCUCUUUAAGUGGGCGCUCAGCUCAGUAAUAGCUUUGAAAUUUGAGCGGAGCUGGCGAAUCAGUUGCUUGAAAGGCUUUCUCGAUUGAUUUGGUCGAUGGAUGCUUUCGGCUGUAGAUUCGUGGAAACGUUUUGUUGGAUUUGUGCAGAUUCUGAGUGUUGCCUGCUGUGCUGUAGUUGGCGUUUAGGAAUUUUGUGGGUUUUAUUAAUGCAAGCGUUCUGAUAGCAAUCUCUGGUCCUGGAAUUUCGCUUUGCUGAAUAAAAAUUUGCUGGGAAGUGGGAAAUAUCACUUUCUGAGGGCAGUGGAUGCAGAAUCUGAUGCUUCUCUCUUUUCAUUUUGUUGAUGUCUGUUUUACUGUUCUACUAAUUAUUGAAAAGGGAAUCGGAAUGUUGAUAAUUGGAGAGUACUAGUGGAUGAGGGACCAUGGAAACUUUAGAAGAGGGUGCAGUUUUUGCUUGUGUUCUUUUGCUUUCAUCUUUUGAUCUCAACCAACACCUUUUAUAUUGUCUUUCCUUCUUAUUCCUCUUCUUCUCCUGCUAUCUUUUUCAUCUUGCAGGUGCUUCUUGGACUUUAAGAUCGACAAUGGCAACUGGAAUGGGAAUGAAACUCGAGAAAUCUGAGCCUAUUCAAGUGGGAUUGAAGUCGGAACCUCCAAGUAAAUUGGUUGAGCAUGAUGUGGGUUCUGGAAAAGAUGGAAAACCAUUUGAUUCCCCUGUCUCCAUUCCCAAUGGAGCUACUAUUACUUCCGGGAUAAAGGGUGAGAAUGGCCAUGAUUCCAACGGGAAGCUUGAUGUCUACAAUCCACCAACAAAUGGUUAUGGUUAUUACUACCCAGGAUAUGGAGGACCAUAUGGGCAAUUGGAUGAUCAAGGAUUUUUCCAGACUGAUGGUUCCAUUGCAUCAGACAAUGGUUCUCUGGUGUAUUUCUAUCCUGGCUAUGAUCCCUAUGCUACUGGGGCAGUUUUGGGAGUCGAUGGGCAAACUGUUGGUCAGCAACCCUAUUAUUCAUCUACUGGAUAUUUACACAACCCAAUGUCAUAUGGAUCUGAAGUGAUGUCUUGUUAUCCUUGGGAUUCAACAUACAUGGGAAAUAUGCCAAAUGGUAAUGCUCCUUAUGGUAAUGGUCUGAGUAAGUCCAACGGCUUGAACUCCACUCAACCUAAUGGAAACCUUGGUAGCAAGUUUUCUAAGGCUACAAAUGCGCAACCAGCCAGACCACUAAACAAGGUUCCUCCUUUGGGUUCUGAUUUUUCUGCUGGCUAUUUUAAAGGGUAUCCACCUGUGGGGAAGUAUUCUCCAUUUAAUGGGCAAAAGCAAGCUCCUUUCUCUCCAAAUGGUUUCGUUAACUACAGACAAAAUGGAAGGAUGUGGAAUGGUAACUAUAGAAACAAGCCUAGAGACAGAACCUCGAGAAAUGGUGAUUUUGAGAAUGCUACUGAACUAGCUUGUGGUCCUAGGGCGUCCAACAGAAGUACCCCAUUGGAUCCUUAUACAAAGAAAGAAGACCUGGAAGGAACAGCAUGUGCCGACCAGUACAACCUUCCGGAUUUUGAAAUCGAGCAUGCAAAUGCUAAGUUCUAUGUCAUCAAGUCAUACAAUGAAGAUGACAUCCACAAAAGCAUCAAGUACAAUGUGUGGGCUAGUACUCCCAAUGGAAACAGAAAGCUCGACGAGGCAUUCCGCAGUGCACAAGAAAAAUCCAGUGAGGCUGGUGGUACAAGUUGCCCAAUAUUUCUCUUCUUCUCGGUAAAUGGGAGUGGUCAGUUUGUUGGGUUAGCUGAAAUGGUUGGACAAGUGGAUUUCAACAAGGACAUGGACUUUUGGCAGCUCAGCAAGUGGAACGGCUUCUUUCCAGUCAAGUGGCAUGUAGUUAAAGACAUCCCUAACAAUCAGUUGAGGCACAUCAUACUCGAGAACAAUGAAAACCGACCUGUAACUUUCAGCAGGGACACCCAGGAGAUUCUGAUGAAGCAAGGUUUAGAAAUGUUGAGUAUUUUCAAGAGCUACUCGCCAAAGUCAUCAUUGUUAGAGGACUUCACCUUCUAUGAGACCAGGGAGAAGUCUGUCAAUGCGAAAAAGAACAGUAAGGCCACUACUGGGGAAGCAGAAAAACUCGAAAAUGGUGAUAUCGCGAAGGAUGCCAAAACUGGAGAAGAGAGAGCCGGAGAUGAUACUAAGACUGGGAAGGGCGCUAACAGCCCCUCAAGUCUUGCUGAUCUAACUAAGAACCUCUCCCUAAAUGGCUGCAGUCUAAAGGAGAAUUCUGUGAUGAAGCCAAUCGAGAACGGGCUCCCAGCUGCUGUUGUCGUUGCUGCCGCUGCACCAUAGGAGACUCGACGUAUGGGGAAUUAGAAAAAAGCUGUACCAGUAGUAGUUUUCCAUAGUUUUUACUUUUUACCAAUGUUAUAUCUCAAUCCAGGAGGGUUUCUUGUCUGUCCCCUCUAAAGUGUUCUUUUGUCAUUCGAUUCCCUCUGUAGUUCAUUUGUUUCAGUUUUGCUUGUUUCUUGUUGUAAGCCAGUUUUCAUAGGCUUUUUUGGGUGCUUAGGUGAGUUAUGUCUUGGCUUCAUUUUGGGCAAAGUGCUUUCGUUUUCUCACUCUUUUAGGGAGCCAGAUUGUUUUGUGGUGUCUAUUUUGGUCAUUUACAAUUUCCACCUUUUUUCCCCAGUCUCUGUUUUCAGCCUUUUGUUCUUGAGUUUGAGUUUGGCCGUGACCGUGAGUGGACUCAACAAUUUGGCUGUUGACAUGCUAAUUUUAGAGUUGUGACCUUUAAUAAAACACUAACAACUAUAGGUAAAAUACGAAUACAAUGCUCAUUGUCCUUUAAAGCUUUUUGGGUUUGUAAUUAACAUAUGACCCUGGUGCUAUUAUGGUUAGGACGUCUUUACGUGAUAAACAUGUUGUACAUGAUUAUUGGGUGCAUAGUCGGGCAUCGUACUAAGUAUAUACCGGUAUUUUCAUCCCAAAGGUUUCUGAAUGAGUAAUAAGAGUUAUGACAUUGAUUAAAUGGUAAUCCACUUCGAAUUGGCUACCGUGCUAGCAUGUAUUGUUAAGGGAACAUAACAUUCAUCAUAAACGAACUAAUUUGGAUUGAAAGGGUUGGGAACAUAACAUUCAUCAUAAACGAACUAAUUUGGAUUGAAAGGGUUGGGUUCUCAUAUUAUCUUGUGCGCAUUGCAUUCAUAGUUGCACUGUGAUUUUAAUGUGUAUAUAUAAUAUAAUAUCAAUCUAUAA